GAAAUCAACACGUUGGCGAAGUUUGUCAUGGAGCUGAAGACUGGCGCAUCCUAUUUUUGAAACUCUGGUCCCUCGCUCCUUCCAUUCACCGUCCACAUUCCUCCAUCUAGACUCCCACACCUCACCUUAUAAACGUGAACCCCCGCCAUUUACUCUUUACAGUUUUCAGUUUCCACAACUUUCACUGAAUUCCAAGCUUGCAAAUUUCAAAUAUCGAGGUUCCAUUUCUUCUACCUUUCUCAAACUAAUAAGCGGUGAACAAUGUCGAGAACGACGGAGCUCCAAAUGCACAAGAAAUGGAAAGGUAGAGAAACAAGCCCUGAACGUACCAAAGUAUGGACUGGACCUCCUAACCAUAAGCUCAACAAAGUACCUGUCGUAUACUAUCUCUCCAGAAAUGGCCAACUUGAACAUCCUCAUUUCAUGAAGGUUCAUCUUUCCUCCCCUGAUGGUCUGUAUCUCAGAGAUGUGAUCAACCGCUUGAAUUGUCUUCGUGGAAAAGGCAUGGCCUCUAUGUACUCCUGGUCUGCUAAAAGAAGCUAUAGGAAUGGGUUCGUGUGGCACGAUUUGACAGAGAACGAUUUUAUCUACCCAGCACAUGGUCAAGAGUAUGUUCUGAAAGGAUCAGAGCUUCCCGAUAGCGCAUUGCCUUCGCAACCUGAUGAUAUCGCUUGUUCUAAUCCUAGAAAUCCGGUGCCGGAAAUACAGAAAAUGGCCGAGGAUCGUGAGUUUCCUCCGGUGGCAAGGCGCCGGAAUCAGUCCUGGAGUUCCUCCGAUUUCCACGAGUACCUAGUUUACAAGGCAGAGUCACCCGGCGAAUUAAUCGGAAGAUCCGGAGCCGACGCUUCGACUCAAACAGAAGACAGACGACGCCGGCGAAGAGCAAUGCGAAUCGUCGAAGAAGAAGAAGAGCUGAGAGAAGACCGGACCAUUGAACCGGUCUGUAAAGAACAGGACGAGGUUGAACAUAGUCCGAAUGAUUCAACGGAGCUGAACAGAAGUGAAAUUUCACCACCACUGUCCAAUUCAAGCUCUGAAACGCUAGAAACGUUGAUGAAAACGGACGGAAAAGUGAUCUUACGGCCAGAUACAAUCAGCGAAGAACCAACAGCUAAUACUCAAUCAAACGGAAAGAGCAAAGCACCUUCCGUUCUGAUGCAAUUACUCUAUUGCGGUUCGAUGUCGUUCAAGCAUUGUGGGCCCGGUUAUGGGAAGGAGAAUGGAUUUUCCUUGAUUUCACAUUAUAAAAGCCGUCUGCCACGUGGUAGGUGUACCAAUCAAGCGGUGAAGGAUGUAGUGAGUCCAAUGGCGGGAUAUCAUGGAAGUGAAGAGAGAAUUAAGCUGGAAGAUAAGGAAUACUUCAGUGGGAGUUUAAUCGAGAUGAAGAAGAAGGAGAAAUUUCCAGUUCUAAAGAGAUCUUCUUCAUACAGUGUAGAACGGAUAUGAAGAGAGAGACAUGAGUAGAAAAACUUGCGUUGGUAUGAUUAUUGCUUUAUAAGGAGAGGUAGGUGUAUGAAGGUUCCUUGCCGUGAUAAAUUACUCUGUAAUCUUUCGUACAAUUGACGUGCGGAUCCAGCUAUUCAAUUGUUUUUCUUACAGAAAAUGAUAGGACUGAAAUAGGUUCAGCAGUACUUUCUGGGACAAUUGAGUAUUUACUCUCCUCUACGUAAGCAAAACGGAGCUUUUUAUCAUUUUAUUCACCACAACACGUCAAUUAAUUUACUCAAUGGCUGGAAGGAGAACUCAUAGUGUGUGACAAUAUAUUUUCACCAAUUUAUUAGACUUUCCCUUCAAGAUUGUACUAUAACAGAACUUUAAUCCUGUGAAUAUAUAUAUAUAUAUAUAUCAUGUCCUGCUUUCUUGAUUGAAAUUUACAAAUGCUACAAUAUCAAGAUUUCUCAACUUUAUAGUCCUAAAUGCAUUGCUGUCCUAUUAUUGUGGGGUUCCUAUAAUUGAUAGUUUUGGAUCCGUUAUCAAUAUCUCCCUGACGGAAUAUUUGCCUUUUUAAUUCUCUGUGGAUAUUUGAGUCUUCUUGAUUCAUUUUCUUUGUCUGAUAUUGAU